AUACUAUUUCAUUUGAUUGCAACCCUUUUCCCAAAAUUCAAUUCAUCAUACAAAAACCUUUCACCACACACCAAAUCAAAAACCCUAAUUUACUCAAUCAAUCAACACUUCACCUACACACAACCAAAUCACACAAUAAACAACUGUAAAUUCAUCAUCUCUUUCAAAUUAUCUGCAAUUGAACAGCAAUUUGUUACAAAUUGAUGAAAAAAUGUCUGUUGAGAGAUCAUUUGAGGCAUGGGAAGAGGUUCAACGUCACGGAUUAGAUCUAGCAGACAGAUUAACACAAGGCUUUACAGGUUUAAUCCAAUCGCACAUUAAUCCUCCAUCGUUUAAUUGGCCAAAAAGUCAACCACACAAGCUGUUUGAGGUUGACUUUCCUGCUAAUAGUUUUGUUACACGAGACCUAGGGUUUGGAAUUGAGAACAAUGCUCAUGUGGUUUCUGCGGUUAUGGAUAUUGGAAGUAGGUUAGGUCAGGCUGGGGUGGAUUUUGGUGCCAAUUUGAAUGGUGUUGUGAAGCAGUUUGUUAAGCGGUUGCCGGUUCCGUUUCGACAUGAGGAUGUAGUGGUGUUGAGGAGUGGUGAUUUGGGGGUUAAUAUGCAGGUUCAUGAGGAUGCUGGUGUGGUGACUAAAAGUGGAAACGUGAAAGGUGAGAUGGAUGAAGAGUUGGUUGUUGGAGAUGGUUUGAAGUUUGCUCGGGUUUCGGGGAAAUCGCAGGGAGUACUUAAUAUCUCAUCAACGUUCAAUAGUCGAACACGCGAUGUGGAAAGCUCGUUGAUUGCAAAGGGAGAUUUCUGGAGAGUGGAAGCAUCACGUGGCGGUUCCACGUCAGCAAAUGAAAAUCCUUCCCUUUUUCUCGUCCAGCUCGGACCGCUACUUUUUGUUCGCGAUUCUACUCUUCUUCUGCCGCUUCAUUUGUCCAAACAACAUUUGCUUUGGUAUGGGUACGACAGAAAGAAUGGGAUGCAUUCUCUUUGUCCAGCUGUGUGGUCAAAGCAUAGAAGGUGGCUGUUGAUGUCAAUGGUUUGCCUUAAUCCUUUAGCUUGUUCAUUCAUGGAUUUGCAGUUCCCAAACGGUCAGCUGACUUAUGUAGCUGGUGAAGGUUUAUCGACCAGUGCUUUCUUACCUGUGUUUGGCGGUUUGCUUCAAGCUCAAGGUCAAUAUCCAGGAGAAAUGAGGUUCAGUUUCUCUUGUAAGAAUAAUUGGGGAACACGAAUCACACCAACGGUACAAUGGCCCGAAAGAUCUUUUACCAUGGGUUUCGAACAAGCUUUAGCUUGGAAGAGAUCUGGUCUCAUGGUCAAACCAACAGUCCAACUCAGUUUACACCCAACAUUUGGCGGGAACAAUCCUGGACUGAAAGCCGAAAUUGUUCAGUCAGUGAACGAGGAAAUGAAUCUGAUUGGUGGUUGCUCAUUAACAUCACAUCCGUCUGCAUUUGCAUCAGUAUCUCUAGGUAGGUCAAAGUGGAAUGGGAAUGUUGGCAAAUCUGGAAUAGUUUUGAAAGUCGAAACGCCUCUUGGAAGUGUUGGUCGGCCUUCUUUUUCUGUUCAGUUAAAUAGUGGCAUCGAGUUUUGAUCAUACAACUGUGAAUAUAAUCUUUGAUUAUGUAUAUAUACAUGAUCCUUUUGAAUGUGAUUAGUUGUAUCUAAAGUUUCUGAUA